AUGGCGGUGGCGGCUUCUGCGGCACCUGGGGCCUUGGGCACUUUGCAGGCCAGCCGUGCCCGCUUGGUGGCCGCUUGCUGUGCGCGGCUAGGCCCCAGGUGGAGGCUGCCCGGCUCCUGGACGUGCCCGCGGGUCGACUCGACGAUAUGGGCCCGGGACUGGACGCCCGCGGCCGGGGGAGCGGCCCGGCAGAGGGGCUACAGCGCAGAGGUGAAGACUGAGGACGAGCUGCGGGUGCGGUACCUGGAGGAGGAGAACCGAGGAAUUGUGGUGCUUGGAAUAAACAGAGCCUAUGCCAAAAAUUCAUUGAGUAAAAACCUUAUAAAAAUGCUUUCGAAAGCUGUGGAUGCUUUACAAUCUGAUAAGAAAGUACGGACCAUAAUAGUCAGAAGUGAAGUCCCUGGGAUAUUCUGUGCUGGUGCUGAUCUUAAGGAAAGAGCCAAAAUGAGUUCCAGUGAAGUUGGUCCUUUUGUCUCCAAAAUAAGAGCAAUGAUUAAUGAAAUUGCUAAUCUUCCAGUGCCAACCAUUGCAGCAAUUGAUGGACUUGCUUUAGGUGGUGGACUUGAACUGGCUUUAGCGUGUGAUAUAAGAGUAGCAGCUUCCUCUGCAAAAAUGGGCCUGGUUGAGACAAAGUUGGCAAUUAUUCCUGGUGGAGGGGGAACGCAGCGACUGCCGCGUGCCAUUGGGAUGUCCCUGGCGAAAGAGCACAUCUCUGCGCGUGUGCUUGAUGGCCAAGAAGCCAAGUCAGUGGGCUUGAUCAGCCAUGUUCUAGAACAGAACCAGGAGGGGGACGCCGCCUACAGAAAGGCCUUGGACCUAGCAAGAGAGUUUUUACCUCAGGGACCUGUUGCAAUGAGAGUGGCAAAAUGAGCAAUUAAUCAAGGAAUGGAGGUUGAUUUAGUAACAGGAUUAGCCAUAGAAGAAGCAUGUUAUGCUCAGACUAUUCCAACAAAAGACAGACUUGAAGGUCUUCUUGCUUUUAAAGAGAAAAGGACCCCUCGCUAUAAAGGAGAAUAGAAGGAACAGAAAUCUUUAAAAUGCCAAUGUAAUAAAUAAUACUCCUGGAAGUACCUUUCAGAUCCACAUAUGCCUCAGCACCUGGAGUUGCA